AUGCGUGUAGGCUUCGUUUUCGCCCUGCUCGUCGUCAGUGUGAUCGUGUGCUUCAAUGGGCUCACCAGCGCCGAGAGCACCGUCGUCAUGAAUAACCGGAAUCCCGACUCCAUCAACGUCCCCAUAAGCGAUGAUAUCACAAGCCGCAACCUCAGGGCGAGCGGUGAAGAGAGAGCCUACGCCUUUGUGGACAAGAUCAAGAGUCUUUUUAGCAGGCCUGGCAUCAGCCAGAAAGUCGAGAGUCUGCAGAAGAAUCCCGCCAUGGUCAAGAACUUGGAGAAGGCUGCGUUAAGCCAGAAGGGCUCCAGCAAGGUCCGCGACUGGUUCAUGCAUAUGUACAACAACAGCUCCAAGAGAGACAAGUUCUUCAUUCUCGCGACCCUCGUCAUGUUCCCUAUCGGCGUAUGGGCAGUUGUUACUAAUUAUAGGAGGUAG